AUGGCUGUCAUUAGCUGCCUCAAAUGGGUCAUUCUUUCGAGGUUAGAUAUAUCAAGAUUGCUUCGGAUUUGCUGCGUUUUUGGAGUUUCAGUACAAACAGUCUAUAUCUUUGUAAUAAUUGUGAGAGAAGCGUUAAAAUCUUCUUCCGAAAAGACAAAUAGUCAUCAAUCUGCAACUCAAGUUUUGUUCUUUCCGGACAAAGUUUUCGCAUGCCAGCAGUUUCUAUUCAAUGGAGGCUGUAGUAGGAAAAACUGUCAGUUUUCUCACGAAGAGACCUCAUUAAGUAAGCUUGUGAGAGUUUUAUCUGAAGCUAAACAAAGCUUGGACGUUUGUGUUUUUACAAUUAACUGUCGCGAGCUUGCAGAUGCAGUCAUUCGACAACACAAGAACGGUGUCGUUGUCCGAGUGCUGACAGAUGAUGAACAGAUGGGUUCGACUGGUUCUCAGAUUGAGAAGUUUCGACGCGAAGGAAUCCAAGUUCGCCACGAUCUUUCUUCGUUCUUCAUGCAUCACAAAUUUGCCGUCAUUGAUCGAAAAACACUUGUUAAUGGAUCCUUUAACUGGACAAGGCAAGCGGUGACUGGAAAUAGAGAGAACGUAGUUAUUUCAAGUGAAGAAUUCGUUGUCAGAUCGUUUGCAGAGGAAUUUGAAAAACUAUGGGAAGAGUACGAUCCUUCUAAAAGAUUUGGGGUCUCGUGAAAGAUUUUCACAUCUAGGACUACGAGACUGACAUUUUACUCUAGUUAUUAUCAUGAGUAUCCCAACUUGUGAUUACACCUCACUGCUCGCCGACACCCACUCAGGAUAUUCCUCGCUUAUUUCGCGAAUGAAAAAGUUUCUAUGUAAACUAGUAUUUGAUUUUUUAGGAACUCGUUACUAAGUCUCUCUCAGAUGCCUUAAUACCUAACGUUCUUACCUGAAGUUUUUAUUCUUUACGCAUUAUCUUAGCAUCCUUAAUGAUAUUUUUUUUUAACUCACUACUACAACUGGUUACCAAUUUCUCUUUAUUGUUUUCCUUUUUCUCGACACGUCUUUCUAAUGCCAAAUUACUUAGAUCUAGCUAGGUAAUACAAACAAGUAGCUUGAAUACAUGUGACCUUCCCUACUCCUUGUUGAGAAAAAUUGCCUAGUUUUAUAAAUGAUGUGCAUGAUUCCCUGAUCUCCUCUCAAGUUCUGUGUUCUCAUGAUGUACUUUUUUCCUUACAUGGGGAAGAGAAUGCAUUGGUAGUGAAGCAAAACAGUGGCUAUGAACAAAACAAACAAUCUCCCUUGUAAGAGAAUAAUUUUUUUAAUUUGUUGCCUUUAUGAAAAUUAAGAUUUUUAAUACUUGUGAGUAAUUAGAAUUGUUCUGCAUUGCAAACUUUAUAAGAUAUUAAAUUUCAUUAACACACUUUUGUUUCUAGAAGUAACUCUACACAUAGAGAAAAUAAUGAAGUAUGAUCAAUCUUGUAUUAGUGUUAGUUAUUUCAUCACUUCAGUGGCAAUCAUUAUACUUAAAUUAAAUUUUAGUGCCACAAGGUCUCCUGUACUAUACUAUAUUCUUGACAUUGCCAUUACUGAC